AUGGUGAUAUGUAUCCUAUUCCACAUCAAAAUGUCUAAACUUAAUCUACUUCUGCAAGCGGUGGCUCUAUGUUUCUUUUCUCAUGCACUUCAAAUCGAAGGUCAUCGGCUACACCCCACUGUUCUAGAGUUGAAGGGAAAUGAUUCAAUAGCAUAUGAUAUCAUCCAUGGCCUAGCAAAACAAAAUAUGGAAAGCUUGAAGUCAAACCCCAUUGAAGCAAUAACUUUUGGAAAAGAUUCUAGUUCAUGGGAUGCACCAUAUUUUGCUAUACACCAAACAUCUACUAGAGGUCGUGAUGACAAGUACUAUGGCUUACAUGCCACGAUGGAUGUGUACGGUCACAAACUAAAACCCGGACAGUGGAGUACAGCUGCAAUUUGGGUUACUCAUACUGGAGAUGGUGCUAGAUCAAGCAUUAACUCGAUUCAAGUUGGCUGGCAUGUAAGUGUCAUUUUUCCCAUUGUAUCCAUACAUAAUACAUAA